AUGUCUGGAUUAAUCGAUGAGAUUAAAGGCGGCGAUGAUGAUUGCGAAUUAUGCAAGUGCUCAUUGAAGGUUAGACUGAUUGGUGGUAUCGCAUGCGCUGUUAUUUCCGCCAUCUUCUGCUUCCUCUCCUUCAUUCCAUUCUGGCAAGACAACAUGGUAGGAUUUGCCAUUCUUUAUGCCCUUGGCUCAAUUGGUGCUAUCGCCUCUACAUUCUUCUUCUCCGGCUGGAAGAAACAAUGGAAGAAUAUUAAGUCUAGCGUUCCAUGCCUUAUUGCUGCUAUUGUCGUUAUUGUUUGCAUCCUUCUUCUCCUUAUUGUUGGCAUCAUUACAAAGAGCAAGGCCCUUUGCGUUAUCUGCGUUAUCUGCCAGUGGGUUGCUCAGGUCUUCUACAUCAUCUGCUCAUUCCCAGGUGGCUGGACAGCAAUCAAGACAACAUGCGGCGCCUUAUGCCAUUAA